ACACACCACACGCACGCACACGGACUCUAUGACUACUCUCUCCGUCUCUCUUUCUCACACUCUCUCUCUCUGUUUCGUCCUCUUACCAUUCCUCUUGUUUCUCUCUAACACUCCUCCUCCUGAGUGUUCCUUUCUUUGCAUCCUCUUUCUUUCUCCUUUUUCAUGCCAAGAGUUUGGGACUAAAUUCUGUAUGUCGGCUCGUGUAUGUGUGUGCUCCCUAUGUGCGUCAGUGUGCACGCUGGUGAGCGAGAGUGUACGGGAACUACCUCCGUGUGAGUGAAAGCAGUGAGGCAUAUCAGUGAGUGUAUGUGGGUCUCUCUCUUACCAUCACACACUCGCCGCUCCUCCUCCUACUCUUCUUGGGAUCCCCGUGUCCCUUUCCUCGGUGGCAGGCUCCCCACACCCAGCAGUCACCAUUUCCGCCCCAGGGAGAGCCACGCUGGCAGCACAGCCCCUUCCCCGACUCAGCAUCGGGAGGAAGACCCUGGUGGCGGCUGCCGUCGGGGUCAUGCUGGUCCUGGUGCUGGUGGUCCUCAUCCCCGUCCUGGUCAGCUCCGUGGGCACCGACACCAGCCACUUUGAAAUGCUGGGUACCUGCCGCAUGGUGUGCGACCCCUACCUGAACAAGGGCACCACGGCCAGCAGCACCAGCUCCAGUGGCUUCCAGGCAGAGGCCGAGGCCCUCAGCGACAACAGCAACAUGCCCUCCACGCUGGUGCAGGGCCCCCAGGGCAAGCAAGGCAGGCCAGGUAAACCUGGACUCCCGGGACCGCCUGGAGAGCCAGGGCCACCGGGGCCAGUGGGACCCCCUGGAGACCGAGGGUCUGGAGGGAGGACUGGGAUUUUGGGGUUGGGGGGGAACGGAGCUAUCAGCACGGCCACCUACAGCACAGUGCCCCGGGUGGCCUUUUACGCAGGGCUUAAGAACCCCCAUGAAGGCUAUGAGAUCCUCAAGUUUGACGACGUGGUCACCAAUUUGGGAAACAACUACGACGGCAUCUCGGGCAAGUUCAUCUGCAGCAUUCCUGGCACCUACUUCUUCAUCUACCAUGUGCUGAUGAGAGGAGGGGAUGGGACCAGUAUGUGGGCAGACCUCUGCAAAAACGAACAGGUGCGAGCCAGUGCCAUCGCCCAGGACGCUGACCAGAACUAUGACUACGCCUCCAACAGCGUCAUCCUCCACCUAGACGCAGGCGACGAGGUCUACAUCAAGCUGGACGGGGGCAAGGCUCACGGCGGCAACAACAACAAAUACAGCACCUUCUCUGGGUUCAUCCUCUACGCCGACUGAACCCACGCAGGUGGCACGUCCAGAGAGAGAAAGACAAGAAAGUAAGAGAUUGAGAGAAAGAGUUGUAAUGAGGGAAGGAAGGGGUUAAAAGCCAGAAUGCUUUCUAGUUUCCUGGUUCUCUCCAUCAUCACACCAACCUCUGCUUAUAAAACACAUCAGCCCCAAAUCAAGGUUCUCCAGCUCAGCUCGGCCUGCCUGCCUGUCUGCCUUGCUGUGAUGGAGGGAGGGAGGGAGGGAGAACACGAUGAUAGGGGAGGGAGUAGUGGGGGGUGAAGCUUGGUAGAGAGCGGUGCCCUCCUCAUCAGAAUUCUAACCUGUCAGCUGCUCCUCGCUUUCCUUUUCCUCAAACUGGAAACUAAACCAACUAACGCCAAGUGGAUCCGGCCUCAUCAUCUCCUCUCCAUAACAGUUGGCUGUAUGGACUCUGUUGACUGAAAUUGUCCUAUCUUGUCGUUGUGUGCUUUUCCUUAGAAUGUCAGUAUUUUACUUUUGUAAAAGAUACUACUACAUCGUAUAUUUACACAAAAGAGGAUAUUAAAAAUAUGUUUGUCCCUUGUGAGGAAAAAAAACUUGAUUUUGAGAGAAUGGUUUUGUGAGAUGUUGAUUGUGAUUCAGAAGCUUUUAGUUGAGAAAUGGAAAUGAAAGUUGUCAUUAUGGUUUCUAACGAUAUAUGAUUUCUUGCAUUUGACAGCUGGCUAUCACAUGGUGUUUGUUUAUGUGUGAUGCUGUGGGAACACAGACCUGGUAUGUGGCUGAAUGUUAUUCAUGCAAAGCAUGUUAUACAGAUACAACAUUACAUUUUCCCUUGUCCCAUCCAACAUAUCUACAGUCUCUAUCCUUGCCCCUUGUCCCGUCUCUGUACCCCGAUCCUAUUUGUCUAUACAGGGCCAAAGUGGGUUGAAAAUAGACUCAAAUGUAUAUUAGACGUUCUAGUUAAGUAGAUAUCCUCCACCAUCAAUGAAGCCACAUAUUCGGAUUCUGAAGCAACCUAUUUUAUAAAAAACAGUGUCCAUUACUUCAGCUUCGUCCUCGAGCACUCUGCUGUGGUGAAGUAAAACAUAUCAAGCAGAGCAAGGAGGGAGAGCAAGGAGGGAGAGAGAGAGAGAGAGAGAGAGAGAGAGAGAGAGAGAGAGAGAGAGAGAGAGAGGUGGGAAGUUUUUAUGGCGAGGCAGAUUUUCUGUUUCAGUGUCUGAGGCUUUACUGGAUGUCAUCCGUUCAUUAGCUGCAUAUUCACUGAUACAUACAAGCAUUAUGGUAAUAUUUACUCAACAUGGCGGGCUGACAGCUUGCUUUAGAAUGACAUUGAUUGGGUGAGUGUGUGAGUGACUUGGCUUCUUAGCAUUGUGUGUAUGUGUGUGUGUGUUUGAGUGUGUGUGGGUGUGUGUGCAUGUGUGUGUGUGUGCGUGUGUGUGGGUGAAUGUGUGUGUUGGUGUAUUUGAGUGUUUGCAUCAGAGCAUGCGCCGUGCCAUUGCUACAUUGUUGUUUUUCUGUUAUUCUGUGCUACAGCCAAUGACAGAUAUUUUACUCAGCAGACAAUGAGAUUGCAUUGCGUAGGGAGGGGAGCCUCUGUAGAGAUGAUGAUAAGAACAAACAGCUUGUAAAUGAAAUCUAUGAUAUGUUUGUCUAUCUAAUUUUAUCUUUUUGAAUUGUUGAAUACAUUUAAAUAAUAAAUGGGAUUUUCAGAGUCA